AUGGGCGGAUAUAAACGCUUGUUGUUAUUGUCAGCUGGUUUUCAAUUGACUUAUUCGAUUUUGGAAGUUAUUGUUGCACCGGUGAGUUUUUUCAUAGAUUAUCAGUUGGAAAAUUGAAAAUUUUAAUUUUUUUUUUACUUUCCAAGAGCUAAGAGAAGAUCAUUUUUUUUGAAAUUCAAAUUAUGACAUUUUUGAAGCAGUGAAUUUUUGUUAGAAGAUUUUUUUCUUCAGAGAUUUUUGAGCUGAAGCAAAGAAAAAUAGGCUAUUUUGAUAUAAAAUUCAUGAAAUUUGAAUAAUUUUGAGUUUUUUCAGCGUGCUAUAAGUGUAGGAGCAUCAAAUUAUUGAUUUUUUGACAUUUUUUAUUUUAAAAUUUUGAAACAGUGAAUUUCUGACGCUCAUUGGUUAGAAUAGGGUUGCUCAACUGUGUAUCAAAUAAUACAUUUGGAUUAUUUUAAUAUUGAUUUUUUGAAACAGUCAAAAAUCUAUGAUUUUUAGUUUUUUCUUGAUUUGCAUGUUCUGUAAACGAAGAAAAAAAUCUGGAGUUUUUUUUAAUAAAAUUUUUGAAACAGUGAAAUAUUUUCUAACAAUUUUCUAGAAUUUUCUAGGAUUUCUUAAUCAGUGAUAAUCAGAUUUUUAGCAGGAUCUUCAAAAAAUUAAACAUCCUUAAUUCUGUGAAUUUUUAGAUGUGAAAAUUUUAAAACAGUGGAUUUUUUGGAAUUAUUUUUCUAGUUCAGCGGUUCAUAUAAACCCAAGAUAAAUCAAUCAACAUUUGAAUUUUUGAAAUUAAAAUUAUGACAUUUUUGAAACAGUGAAUUUUUGUUAGAAGAUUUUUUCUUCAAAAAUGUUUUUUUCUGAAUAUUUUGAAACAGUGAACUUUUUGAAAAAGAAAAAGAUUUCUAAUUCUCAUUCAAAAAUCUUCAGAUGGUUUAUUCAUAUAAAUCAAUGAUAAUUGUAUUUGUGGAAACAUCUAAUUCAAUUUUCGAUAAAGAAAUCACAAGAGUUCUAAUCGCAUUAUACUGUAGUUGUUAUGGUUUUCUAAUGGGACUUUUAACAAUCCAAUUUUAUUAUCGAUAUUUAGUGGCCUAUGAAUCUUGUAGUUUGAUUAAAACUAUGAUGAAUUUCAAGAUUAUUAUCUGGUUCAGUAUUCCAUUUUGCUGUGCAUUCCUAUGGUUUUUUAUCUCUUAUUAUUUAUGUCAUCAAACUUCUCAAGCAAAUGAAAAUAUUAGAAAUAUUUUUCUAAUCGAUUUUGAUACAAAUAUUGAUGAUGUUAUAUUCAUUGGCCUUUAUUUAUAUCAAAAAGAAAAUGAUGGAAUUGAACACAUUAAUAUCAAAUCAAUAAUUGGUAUAAUUAUUGCAAUUAUACUGAAUAUGUCUUCAAUGAUAGCGAUUGUAUAUUUUGGAUGGAAAUGUUAUUGGAAAAUAAGUUCGAAGAUGUUGUCAGGAAAUAGUUUACAAAAUCAAUUGUUUUAUGCAUUGUUUUUGGAUUGUUUGAUACCAAUUAUUGUGAUGCAUAUUCCUGUUGUAUUUCUUUAUUUUUCGUGUUUAUUGGAAAUUGAUUUUGGAAAUGGGACUAGUUGUGUAUCAUUUCUUGUUGCAUUAUUUCCAGCAAUUAGUCCUUUUUCACCUAUUUUUAUUGUUAAAAAUUAUCGAGCUGCUUUCAUCAAUUUUAUAUGCUGUUCUAACAAAUUGAAAAAUCAACGAGGAAAUAUUGAUAAUUAA